GAAAUAAACAGAGUCGAGCUGUGAGGAGAGAGGACGGUCCUCCUCCUCCUCCUCCUCCUCCCUCUCUCCCUAUCUCUCUCUCUCUCUCUCUCCCUCUCCCUCACUCUCGCGCGCUAUCAGUCCAUCCUCCUCCAGCCCGGUCCUUCAUGGAGCGGAAUUAUCCCGCAGCAGGAUUCGGAGACCUCGGGGCUGGGACGGGAUGGACCUACGACAGACCGGCCAAGGCCAGCUUCAUGUAUGGGAGCUCCAGGUCAGCCCACCCAGACUCAGAACUUUUCCACCGGCAGCCCUAUGCCCCACCUCACCCCCUCCAAGGCUAUGCAACCAACCACCACCCUGGCAGCUCGAGGCAGGGCGGAGCCUGGGGUGCUGCUGGACACGCACUCAGUCUGUCGGGACUGUUUGACACGAGUCUCCACCACCCCAGUCCUUCAGGUCCUGACUCCUCUGUCAUGAACCUGAUUUCAGCUCUGGAGUCUCGGGGUCCACAGCCGACACCCUCUGCCUCCUCCCUCCUGUCUCAGUUUAGGACACCUUCAUGGCAGACUGCCAUGCAUACACCUGCCCCUGCAGAACUGUUUAUUUCAGGAGCACUCCCARGUUCUGGGUCCUUCGCCACCUCCUCGCCCAUCUCUGCGUACCAACAUCCUGGCUCUUUUUCUGGACGGUCAUUCACGCCUUCUCUGACCUUACAGGAUGCUCGAACAUUUAGCCCAACGGCGAAUGGUCUGCUAUCCCCCCAUGAUCCUCUGCUGCACAUUAAAGCAGCCUCCCAGUCCACCUUAGACUUUGACCGCUUGCUCGCCUCUCAGAGUGCCACAUACAGGGACUCCCAGGAGUCCCCAGCCCCUCCUCAGACCCAAGUUCCACCCACCUCCUCCAGUUGUCACCUGCCCCCUCACCAGUUCAACCUGUUGUCUUCCCAGCUUCAUAACCAGUCCUCUCAGCUCUACAAUGCCUCCAUGUUCUCCACCUCAGGCAUGCCACCUGCAGCACCAUUACAGCUACAACUCCCUCCAGACAGGGGAGUUUCUCGACAGGACAGUGUAAUCAAACAUUACCAGAGUUCACCCCCAGCUCAUUCAUCAGCCCUACAGCAGUAUGCUAGCUGUGGUGGAUCUUCUGACUACCAGCAGAUAGUUAGCCACCACCACCACCAAGCUGGAAUGUCCUGUAGUCCUUUGGGAGAACAGAGUCCACCCACUGAGCCCAAACCUUCGCAGCAAUUGGAAUCUCAAACAUAUCAACCAACUAUUCAAAGUCCCUAUGCUCCCUCAUCCUCCAGCUCCUCAGCACUUGCUUCAUCUGCCACGAAGGGACCAACGAGUUCCACUAACUCCACAAGUGGUUACUCCUCAUCUAGCUCAGCAUCUUCCUCUUCUCGUGCCCCUCACACACCCCCAUCAGGCUCCUCCACCUCCUCUAGUUCCAAGACAAGCAGCGAUUCCUUGUCUGCACUGUCUUGUCAGCAGCCACCUCCGCCUCCUCUGCAAGUGUCCUCCAGUUGUGUGCAGCAACCUUCUGCCAAACAAUGCCUGUCCAACUAUGGCUCUCAGUCUGUGGCCAAUUCUAGCACUGGCCUAUCAGACCAAACCCCUGCCCAGCCCCACUCUCAGUCCUAUUCUCCCAGCCAGCCUCCAUCUUCACACUUGGCCCAGCCCUUCAAAGGAUUCAGCUCACCUACUGCCCAGGACUUGAAUUCUGGACCUGGGCUUUCCGGGGUAAAAGCUUACACUGGUGUAGGUGCAGGAGGACGCUCUUUUUCUGCAGAAAUAGUUUUUGAGGACCCGAGUUUUGGCUCAUCUUCUAUUAGAAGAGCAAGCAGCCCAUCCUUAGGGUAUGGCACAGAAUCAGCCAGGAGUGGAAGUAUAUCAGGAGCAGCCACACAUAGAAGUGGUGUUGGAUCUGCAGGAUCUGGGAGCGAGACUGUUGAUGGUAAUGAAAACUCUGGCUCUUACCAUCUGCCCAAGUCAAAUAGAUCGCCUGUGAGUUCUCUCAAUCAAUCAGUACUGCAGUCUCCUACUGCUCAUCCUGCAAAGUCCCCUGGAGGCUCAGGGGCCACAAAAUACAUGUCCUCUGUCCUGUCUCCUGCAUUCAUGCCUUCACCACAAGGUUUCCCCGACACAAGACCGACUCAAAGCCAGUCCUACCACUCAACAGCAACCAAGCCAAAAGCAGAGGCUAACGUGUUGGCAGCUGAAUGCUCUCAACAUGAGGAAGAAGAUGCUGAUGAAUUCUUAAUCCAACACUUACUACACACACAGACCUCAACCCCUCAGCUCUCUCAGCGUCAGUCACAUUCUCAACAACUACCCCAGUCUAUGUCACAAUCUAUCUCCCAGGCUAGGGAAGAGGAAGACAAAGCAAUGAGCUAUGAAAUUAACCAGCUCUCAGAUGAUCGAUAUCACCCUCACAGUGUUAUUCGUACCAAUAAUUCCAUCAGCACUGCUGGUACUACAACAGCCAUUAGUGACACAACAAGUGGCUUAAACAGACAGUUAGAGGUGUCUCAGAAAAAACAAACCAAGUCCGAGUUGGCCCCUACUGAAGGGUUUUCAAAAUCCCUUCCCCAUAAUACCCAGUCUCACCAACAACAGCACGAGUCUUUGGGCUCUGUUGGUCAUUACAGAAGAGGAGACCCUUAUACACAGCACCCCCAUUCCCAACAUCCCCACCACACCACACAUGUGUCCACACAUUCCCAGUCAUGCACACAACAAAUUUCCCAGCAUGCUCGGCACACUCAACAUCCACAACAUUCUCACCACCUUCACUCAGCUCCUCACUUACACAGCCACUCUCACAUGGAGCUAAAGAAACUGUCCAACACCAAUGACAGCGGCUACUUGUGCAACACUCCAGAUGCACAGCAGGCUCUGCAAAGUCAGGGACCCCUCUCCUUGAUGGCUUCAUCACCAGAGCUCCCUCAGUCAACACACAUGCUACAGUCUGUGCUUUCUCAUACCACCCACACCAAGAUGGACCCUCAGCAAGUCCUAAACCAGGAGCAGCAGCAGCGACACCACUCUUUGAGCCAGCCAGGCAUUAUGGGUGCAGGGCCUGGUGGAGUUGAGUCCCAUUCACAAAAUCAGUCUUCUCAGUUGCAGCUCAAGCUACAAAACCGCUGCAUAGAUACCCACUACAGUCUUACAGCCCAAACAAGAGAUCAAAGCCAAGGCAGUCAGAACUCAUUGUCUCCUCUGGACAUGCUAGAUCAGUCUCUGUCCCAGGCAAGCAGCUUAGACAGUGGUGGACCGCUGGACAGGACUAGUGUUGGGGUGACUGUUCCAGCAGGGGAGGGCGAUGGUGGAGACAGACACAGACAGCAGCAAAGACUUACCCCUCAUCCUCACUCUCAGCAGAAAGCCUCAGAUCUAAACAAUUUCCUUGCUGAACCAGAUCUGGGUGUGUCUACACCUUCACACCUUCACCACCUGAACCAGCCCCAAGCUCAUGCCCACUCCCACACUCUGCAUGAGCAACACUCACACAACCACCAUCACACACAGUUAACUCAUUCACACCCACACCAGAUGGCAACCAAUAUGGAGACUCCCCAACAACAGCCUCAAAACCAAACCAGAGAGCAUGAAACCCAACUCACACAUUCCCAGCUGAACUCACUCAAAACCCACCAGUUUGACGCAUUGAGCUCAGAUGAUAAAGGACAGAGUCAAGUUCAGCAACGAUUUCCACCUCUAACAUCAAUCUGCUUUCCAGACUCCCUCUUACAAGAUGAGGAUCGUUCUUUCUUUCCUGAGAUGGAGGACAUGUUCUGUACGUCUGAUUACAAGUCAAGCUGUACAGUGGACUCUGGGGCAGUACGAGAUGUUCAAGAAAAUCUUAACCAGAGUCACAUUCGGGCACAAGAGCGUAUAGAAGCCUUAAAGGCAGGAGGUGCUGGAGAGGGAUAUGAUAUGGUUAGUCAUCACAGUGAUCAAGGCUACAGAGAGUACUGUCACAGUCUCCCAGGAACAGGAGAUGGCAGCCUUCAUUUAGAUCUUGGCUCCUUGAAGUCUCAUGAACUUCCUUCUACUGUGAACACUGACCAGCUUGGCCUUAUCCAGUCCCAAACUCCAUCUCUGGGACUGGGUUCACCAACUCAAGGGAAUGGCUCAGCUAACAAGAUGAUGGGAGCUGUAGCUGGAAGUUCCAACACUAGUGGUUUGACUUCACCUAUCUUCUGCUCCUCACGACCCAAGAAACUAUUGAAGACCAGCUCGUUUCACUUGCUCAAACAGCGACGUGAGCCACAACCACAAGCAAAGAAAAAUUAUGCACAGGAGUAUGAAUUUGAGGAUGAUGAAGAUAAGGCUGAUGCUCCAGCGGAUAUUCGCCUCAACAGCCGACGACUUUCAGACUUGUUGCCUGACUUGGUUUCUAGUUGUAGGAAGGCUGGUGGGACCUCAGGAGUCUGUGGGGUCAGUCCAAUAAUGGGUGACAUGGACUUCUGUCACCCUUCCAGCUACACUUCCUUUGGGCACCCAUCUCAGAUUGUCCCCCAUGAUGGCCCUAAGAAAAGAGGCAGGAAACCAACUAAGCCAAAGCGUGAAGGUCCUCCUCGACCGCGAGGUAGACCACGCAUACGUCCUCUUCCUGAACCCUCAUACUGCAGAGGGUUAAUGGGAUCAGUGACUGGAGAGACAAGAAGAGGACGUGGGCGAGGUCGAGGACGUGGAAGACGAGAGGAAGGGCUGGUGGAGACUCAUAGAGACGUACACAAAGCACAAAACCUUCCCUAUCAUCUUCAGCAUCAACAGCAACAGUACGGCCAACAGCAACAUUUGCAGCAACAACUACAACAAAGCUACAGCCAACAGACAGACCUCCAUCAAGCUCUCCACCAACAGCCUCAGCACCACCUGCUUCAUCAGCCGCAGCAAGUUUCCUGUUCCCACCACCAGCUGCAGCAUCAACAGCACCAUAAAACAACCCUACAAACCCAGCAGGACCCAGUCAGACCCAUCAAGAUCAAGUUGCCUGUUUCCAGCUUGCCUCCACCAGAGUCCUUGUUGAGGACAGACUCUCUGUCCAGCAGUGAGCCCAUUCUGUCAGAUGGAUCAGUGGGAUCAGCACCAUCUCUAGGCAUGAGCCCCCAACCGAGUGCCACAAUGAACUUGAACAGAAGUGAUCACGACCAGAUACAAGACAAGAUGAUGACUCAGCAACAGCAGAGAGCUGGAGAG